AUCUAUCUGCCGCUGCUCGGAUAUCGGAGUUCCCUUUAAAUCUAGAAUCGAUGUGUAAUUGGUUGCAGCUCUGUAUUUUUUGGGAUUUUUUUUCAGUUUCUUGAUACACUUGUAUAAAUUUUGUUAAGUUGAAAUUUCCCAUUGUUUGAAUUUGAGGCGUUAACUUAAAGAGAUGGCAGAUUGGCUAAAACCGAUUGAUUUCUGUAAAGGAGGGUGGGUAGAUUUGGAUUUGAAUUCGGAGCCCAUUUUGGAAACGGAUGAUGCUCCUAUCACAGCUGACUCUGCUUCUGGGAAGAAAUGUGAUUUUCUUUCUUUGGGUAAUAAGUUUGAAGAGAGGGACAGAGUGGUAAACGUUGAGUUAGAUAAGGGUGUAGAGUUAGCUGCAGCUGUUAAUGGGUGUGUUGAAGAGUCAAAGUCGGUCCAAUGUGGCGUCGGUGCAGUCUUAGAAGGGAGUUUAGGUGAGAACGGGGAAUUAUCCGUGAUCUCUAAUGUGCCGGGCUUUAUUAAGGAAGAACCAGUUUUGUUACAAGAAUUUAAUGUUGGGAAUGGAUGUCUUAAAGUGGAAAGUGAAAGAAGUGGGCAAGCUGUGGAGAAUGAUGGUGGGUCUGAUAGGGAUGUAGAGUUAACUGCUGCUGUGUGUGUUGAAGAGUCAAAGUUGGUCCAAUGUGUUUUUGAUGCAGCCAGGGAAGGUAACUUGGGAAGGAACAGUGGAUUAUCCAGAUUAUCGGGUUUGGUGGGCUCUAUUAAGGAAGAACCAGUCACAUUACAAGAAUCUAAUGUUGGCAAGGGAUGUCUAAAAUUGGAAAGUGAUAUUAGUGGGCAGGCUGUGGCUGUUGGGAGUGCUAAUUCACUUGAUGGUGGAACGAGUGACUUGAUUGAGGAUGAGAAGGUGAUCCAGAAAGGAAAAAGAGGGCGAAAAAGGAAAAAUGCUGAAAAUGCAAAAGUUUGUGAUGAUGAAGUCAAAAGAAAGAAAAACAACCACAAACCUUUAGUGGGUCAAACUGGAAACUGUGGAAGGGUGUUGAGGUCCAAGGUGAAUUGUACAAGUCAAGCAGAGACUCAGCGAACUGAAGCUAAUCCAGGCUUUGUCGAUGCGUCAUUAGUAAAGGAGGAUCAGAAGCAUGAUAUUAAUCUACCUCAAAAAGCAUUCAAGACUAGGGGCAGGAAAAAAAAGAAAGAUGGUCGUGGUCGGCCUUGCAAGAUCCGCGAUGAUGACAAUAUUGCCACAUCAAACAGGAAGGACGAGGCAAAGGUGAAUAGACUCCGGGGUAGGCAUGGAAAGAUUGCUGAUAAAAAUGGUUCAUUAGAAAUGGUUAAAAAUCAGAAAGAUAAAGAAAAGGAGCCUGAUGAAAAGUUCAGCGAUAAUAAACAUCAUGAAAAUGUAAUUUUGAGCUCUAAGAAGUCCUUGAAAUCAAAAGGGCGGAAUGCUGGUCGAAGGGAACAACAGCAAGUGGUUAGAGAUCAGAUAGUUGAGAUGUUGAUGAAGGCAGGAUGGACUAUAGAAUAUAGGCAGAGGCUUACAAAGGAUUACAAAGAUGCGGUUUAUGUGGACUGUGAUGGGAAAACACACUGGUCAGUCACUUUGGCUUAUCAGAAACUCAAAGCUAAAGUUGACCAUGGAAGGGCAGAUGACAAGACCCUCUCGGCCUUUACUGCUAUCCCUGAAGAGGUACUUGGAACACUGUACAGAACUAGAAAUGAGAAGCCUAGAAAGGAUAAGGGAAGCAAAAGUGGCAAGAACCCAAAAUGCAAGGAAAAUUUAAAUCCUAACCCCAAAGUUAGGGACAAACAUCUAAAGAGAACUGCUAAAAAGAAUGCAGAUAAUCAUGGUCGUACACCAAAGAAGGGAUGCUCAAAGCCAAAGAGAGAUGGGCGGGUUAGAAAGUCUAUUGCUUUAUUGGCACGUAGAUCUGUAGAAAUGUCUGCUGAUCAAGAUGGUGAAGAAUCUGUCAUUUAUGAUGGAAAGAGAAAUCUUUGGUCUUGGAUGAUUGAUUCAGGGAAAAUCAAAUUAGGUUCAAAAGUUCAGUGCAUGAAUGAUGAGGGGACAAAAGUAAUGCGCGAAGGAAAGGUCACUGGUGAUGGCAUUUGUUGUGGCUGCUGUGGUCAAGCAUUCACGAUUUUGGAUUUUGAGUGCCACGCUGGAAGUACACUAUGCCAGCCGCUACAACACAUAUGCCUAGAAUCAGGUCGUUCUCUUCUACAAUGCUUGACAGAGUGGUGGAUGAGCAAACAGGAAGAAUAUGAUCAUAAUAAAUUUAAUGUGGAGGAUGCUGAUGACCCAAAUGAUGAUACUUGUAACAUUUGCGGCGAUGGUGGCGAUUUGAUCUGUUGUGACGGAUGCCCGUCAACUUUCCAUCAGAAUUGCUUAAAUAUUGAAAAGCUGCCUACUGGAAAUUGGCGAUGUGUAUAUUGUUCAUGCAAAUUCUGUGGGACUGUUGCUGAUAAUGUUGAUGACCAUUUGACUGCCUCUGAAUUGCCCUUGUGUCAUUUGUGCGAGGAAAGAUUUCAUUUUUCUUGUAACGAGCACAGGAUUGCAGAUAAUUUGGAUUCCAUGGAUUUGAUUUUUUGUGGAAAGGGUUGUGAAGAGCUUUAUGAGGGCCUGCAGACACUUGUUGGGGUCAAACAUGACAUCCCUGAAGGGUUUUCUUGGACUGUUCUUCAAAGACGUUAUGUUGGGAAGGAGGACGAUACGGGAAGAAAUAAUAGUUCAUCAAAAAUAGAGUGCAACUCAAGAUUAGCUGUCGCGUUUUCGGUUAUGGAUGAGUGUUUUAUGCCCAUUGUUGAUCAGCGAAGCAACAUCAAUAUGAUUCACAAUGUUGUCUAUAACUGUGGAUCAAAUUUCAAACGGCUCAAUUAUUGUGGCUUCUUUACUAUAAUUCUCGAGAAGGGUGAUGAACUUGUUGCUGCUGCAUCCAUAAGGCUACAUGGGAGUGUGUUGGCUGAGAUGCCCUUUAUUGGCACAAGGCAGAAAUUUCGCCGCCAAGGGAUGUGCCGUCGGCUCCUAUGUGCAGUUGAAACGGCACUUAGUUCGCUGGGGGUCGAGCAACUGGUUAUACCUGCCAUAUCUGAGCUUAAUGAAACCUGGACGAAGGUUUUUGGUUUCUCGCCCCUUGAAGAUUCAAAGAGACGAGAAAUGACGCGCAUGAGCUUGAUUGUUUUCCCUGGCACUGACAUGCUGCAAAAACCUCUGCCAAAGAAGUGCCAAGGAAUAGAAGAAGAUCAUAUUAUGUCUCCGGCCAUUGCAGAGGAAUCAUCACCACCCCAGCUCAAUGCCAGCAAGAACUCCGCCACCGCGGAGGAGGCAGAAGAACCCCAUGCCACAUCACCCCUCGGCAGCAGCGGAGGCUUCUUGCACGACAUGAAAACUGGUUUUGAAUCUUUCAUACUGCAGGAAGCCCUCCAAGUCCAAAUCCGAGCCUCUGUCCAAUUUCAUCCGCACUCUGUAUCGCUUGGCUCAUCAGAUCUGAAGGGACUGAGGAGUGAGAGUGGUGCCGGUAGACGUUCUUCACGGCUGUAUAUGAUCGAAGAGGGUUUUCCUGUUCUAAUCAGAAUAUGGAACGAGUACUAUAAUAACAGGUCCGCUGGAGCUGGCGGCCUUGGCUUUGGUCCGUUUGGCUCACCCCCUUCGGAAAGUUUCAGGGAGAUAAAUUGUAGGUCAUUCCAUGCCGGAUCAGGUAUACUCCCGACACCGCUGCAGUCUUACCCCACUCCGGUUGCAAAAAGAAUUGGAUCAACUUCUUCUACCCCUUCAUUCAAGACACCGUGUCCAUCUGUAAAGUCUUCUCAUAACCAGAAAAAUAGGAUAAGGUCUGUUAGAAGUGUUUCAAUACCAAUUGAAAAAGUGAGCCGGCACUCUAGGAUUUCCCAUUCGUUGCAGGAUGACAUCCAGUUCUCAGAGAGAUGGGCUGGUCCUACAUACUCAAACUCACCUCCUCCCAGUUCUUUACCAAUCCCUAAAUUUUCCAUGAAGCCUAAAAGAUCUGUUUCCCUUGACUUACAAGCAUCAGUUUCUUCCAUUCAUUUUCGUCCUGUUGCUCUGUCUGCACCUGCAUCACCCACCAGGGAGUGGAGCCCAUCUCCCGAAGAUUUGUUUGAUCAAGAUGACUCUCACUUUGCGACGAAAACACUUCGUCGUAUUCUCAAUCUCGACAUUACAGAUGAUUAGGACUCGUUGGGUGACUAGAUCUCCUUAUCAGAAGGAGACUACAUCUAGUUUCCUAAGGGGUUAGCAAUAUAUUGUGUGUUUGUGG